CCGGAAAAAAAAAUGGCGGAUAUCGAGAAAACUUUUGAAAGUGGUUAGCUGGCUUUUGUAAAGUAGUUUAGAGAAGGUAUUAUUUCAGUGUUCUGACCGAAAUAGUUUUAAAUGUAUUUGGUGAUUAAUAUAUUUUCAAAUAUUCCUUGUUUUUGGUAGAUAUUUUCACGGGUUUUUUUCCUAAAUAGUAAUUAUUGUUAUUAUUGCUACCGGUUAGCCUAGCUAGUGUUAGCUCCUCCCUCUUUGCUGUCAUGUACAUGUAUUUUGUUUUGUUUUGUUGAUGUAAAGAAAGUUUGUGUAGUUUAAAGAGUUUAUAAUGAUCUAGCUGGUCGUUUAGCCCAACUGGAAGUUGUCAUGAGCUAGCUGAGUGAGGAACAAGCAGAAGUUUGCUGUCAACAAGUGAACUUUCUCUGGGGCAAGUGCAUAGUGAUGGAGGUUGAAAUGAAAGUGUGAUGUGAUGUGAUGUGAUAAGUGAGUAAGUGCUUGUGUGUGGAGCAUCAGCGAUGUGCAGGCUUCUCCGUUACUGCUUCAGCCAUUCGCUUUAUGCAGCCAUGAGCAGACUGGAGGAGCUUCAGACUGGCCCGGGUGUGUGGUCGUCCAUUCGCUACUUGGGCUAUUUGUCCACCCUUAACCUCCUCGUGGCCAUAUGCCUGGGCCUGUAUGCGCGCUGGGAGAUCACAGCAGAACCAGUCCUUCUGGUCAUCUUCAUCCUGGCCCUUUUUGUCCUGGGUAUCACCAGCAUCCUUUACUACUACUUCAACAUGGAGAGGCUCCGUUUCGGACUCUUCCACCUCUGGCUGGGUUUCUUGCUUGGUUUACUGGGUUUUCUCAAUCUCAGCAACCCUUCUCGGGCUGACUUAAAGGAACAAGUCAGCAGUUACAUGCUGAUUGCCAGCAUAGUCCUAAGAACACUGUGGGCCUUGGUGGAACGGAUUUGCGGCUGCACCAGACAAAGGCCAGCCCUUCUGACCUCUGCUGAGACUCUGGAGCUCGCCGGGUUUGCUGUAGCCAGCACGACACAGGUGGUCCAUGCUUCCAUGAGCCUCAUAGCCCUGGUGCUGGCUGUUGCCAGUCUGCUCGUAGACGUGCGCAUGAAGUCCUUCCUGGCCCUUCCUAACCUCAUUUGCUUCACUGUAAUCACGUCGGUCUUCUUCUUCAACUCUCUCGACGUUUCUACAAACCCCUACGCGCUGGCGUGCUUCUUCAGCCGCCUUGUAUGUGAGCCACUCUUGGAUAUGUACUUCAGUGGCCUCUCCGUGACCGAGCGAUGGUCCCCGUUUCUAAGGAGAAGAGGUUUAUGGAGGCGUCUUAGUCUUCUGCCGCUGCUUGCUGUUGAAAUCACGUUCCUGGUCCUUGCUGCUUUCAAGAUGGGUGAUCUGGACCGGUGGUACGUCCUGAUUCCGGGCUUUUCUGCCUCCAGUAUUUUCUGGAUCAUCUGCCACAUGGUCUUCCUGGUGACCCUGUGGGGUUUCCACAACAAGCUGAGCGACUGCCAAAGAGUGUGUAUGGCUCAGAGGGCCAAUCCUGGUGAACUGGACAGAGUGAUGACGUCCAAAGGCAUGCGUCACUUCUGCCUGGUCUCAAAACACUUGGUGCUCUUCACCCUUGGGUCCACAGCUGUCCUCGGGGCUCUUUCAUGGCAGCCAUUCAACAGCCUGUUUAUUGGUGUUUUUUUGCUGGUUCUGCCUCUCGAAUCUCUGGCUUAUGAUCUAUUCCAUGAGCUGGGGAACUGCCUUGGAGGAACGUGUGUGGGUUAUGCAGUGGUCAUCCCUACCAACUACUGCAGCGUGGAUGGCCAGCCCACCCUGCUGCCCCCCAAUGAGGUGCAGGAGCUGAACCUGCGCACCACAGGCAUGCUGAACAGCGUGCAGCGCUUCUUCACCCACCACAUGAUGGACUCUCGUGGCUGUGAUUACUCCAGCAGCGGCAUGACGCGGGACUCGUUGCGCUCGAAGCUCCGCUCCUUCAUGGAGGCGCACACGGUGGACGGGCCACGCUACGACACGUACAUGCUGUUCUACAGUGGCCACACACACCGCACCGGAGAGUGGGCUCUCAUAGGUGGCGAAGCGCUGCAUCUGUCUGAGAUCGUGCAGAUGUGGAAGGAGAAGAACGACGGUUACUGCUCUCGCCUCAUCAUCGUGCUCGACACGGAGAACUCGCUGCCUUGGGUGAAUGAGGUGCGCACUGUGGAGGAGGUUUAUGUAGCCGUACAAGGGGCUACGCUGGUGAACUCGAUGGAUAUAGAGCUCCAGAACCUGCCUCAGAUCGGAGAUUUCACCGCCGACUGGGUGGAGUUCAACUGCAACCCUGACAGCAGCGUGCGCUGGUCCGAGCAUGGCCGAGCGUUCAAGGCCAUCUACGGCCUCUCCAGACACUGGGGCGACUACAAGCUUCACCUGCCUACAGGAAGUGAUGUCGCUAAGCACUGGAGGCUCUAUUUUCCCCGCUGGACAUAUCCUGUAGUGCAGCUGGCACACUGGAGCGUUUCUCUGAACAUGUUCUGGAUUUGCAACGUGUGUCUGUGCUUCCUCCGCAGACUCAAACUCACCUGGUUUCCUCCUGCGGUGCUCGACACCGGCCAGGGCUUCAAACUGGUUAGGUCGUAAAAGCAGACCACGCGCGUGUGUGUGUGUGUGUGUGUGUGUGUGUGUAUGUGCUGAUCUUACUGUUAGCCUGGAUAGACCAUAGCACUUGUCGGAUGUGAAAUUGAUCUCAUGACCCUUAGCAAUAACGGCUUGUGCCUGACAAACUUGCGCAGAGGAAGUUGUAUGACAUGCAGAAACCGCAGCACCGCAAUCCAAGAUGCACUAACAGGUCACUGUAGGCCACACCAGCAGCACAUGAGUUCCUAUUCAACUAAUAAUACCAUUAAUGAUCUCACAGCUAAUGCUGCUGUUUAUUUUAUUUUAACAAUUUAUAACCAUUUGAAACACUCGCUCAGGGACGGGGAUUAGUCCUGAAGAUUAAACCCUGAGAGUUUAACGCAACGUUAGAGCAUUUGAAUAGCUAAUGAUCAGCCUUCAUCAGUAUCAUACUACAUACUUCAUACAGUAACACACUGUGAGGUGUUUUUUGUUUUUUCCCCAAAGCUAUCCACGUUCUCUGUGUAUCACUAAUUUGAAUAGAACUCUCGCUUGAUACGAUGCAAUAUGAUUACGAUUAAAAAGAUGAUGGUAUUCGUUUUAGGUUACAGGUCACUAAGGUCACAAAUUCUGAUCUAAAGGUGUUCUAUUUAUAUUGACAUGUUUUUGUAAACGCGAAAAGAAGAAAAGCAUUUUGUCUUUUUUGUAAAUUUUGAUAUUUAUUCUUUACCUCGUAGCAAAAUUGAGCUUUACGGGACAUUUUUCUAACACUGCUUUUGCACUGAUGAUGUAAUCUGGGAUUUCAGUCCACAGUGAUGAACACAAGGUUAUUUAAUGACCCAGUAUUGCUUGCAAAGACGUUGUGUGUGGGGAAAAAAAAAAAGAUUUAGAUCUGAACUAGACUUAAUUCUCCCCGUUGUAAGUUGUUGCUUUACUAUCAAGGUUUUUUUUUAAAUAAUAAAUAAGUGCCUUAUUAUGGCUGAGACUUCAACAAGAGAAGCCUGUCAUUAUCUGAAAGUGAGUUGAGAAAAAAAAAAAAUCGGAUUACCUCAGAGAUGUGUGAGGUUAACUUGAUUAAAGCUAAUUGUACUAUAAAAUUCUGUAACCUUGUUGAACUCGCUGCCGUGCCACAUGGAAACGUGGUGAAAAUGCAGCAGGGUAAUGAAAUGUCUUUAAAAAGAAGAAAAAAUGAAUUAUUUUGCAUGAAAUCAGCUUCAAUCUGAUUUAUUUAUUUAUUUUUUAAAUCAGAAAUAAACACUUAUUCCCUUCCCUGUAAUUUGUGUUUUGAGAAUGUGUGCACAGAUUAAUCUUUUUAAUCAUAAACGUAAGAAACGUGUGCUUUAGGUAGUGCUUAGUAUUUGAAAGUCACUUGUGUUGCAUUUAUUAAACAUGUUUUCCUGACUACGGCUUUAAUUCUGUGCCUUGGUGUGAUGAGGAAAAUACAUCUUUACAUCACCAAA